UCUAGUGAUUAUGUUGUGUUCAAUAAAGAAGAUCACACAAAAGAAGCUUUGAUAGCAGCUGAUCAUCAUCAAAAUUCAAAGCUAGUAGUCUAUUCAUUAGAGCACAUUAUAACAGUUUCAUCAUUUGUAUGUUUUGAUGAAGGCCAAAAUUCUAAUGGACCUAUACAAUCUCAAACUCAAAAAGAUAUGAAAAAUAAUGAUGUUGAUUUUGAGCCAAUUAUUGAUCGCGCAAGAUUACAUGACAUAUUAAGUGAAAUUUUUGAAGAUCUCAAAUCUUGCAAUUCAAUCAGCAAUACACUUCCAUGA